AUGUCAGAAAAAGGCAAACAAUUAUCAAAGUCUGAACUAGUGAAGAUAUUGAAAAAGUCAACAAGUAGUACCAGAGAGAAGAACCAGGCAAUAAAACAAUUAAAGAAGUUUCCAUCAAUUCAAAAGGAUGAGUUGGAUAAGAAUUUGGAUGGUUUAAAGUUUAAAAUUAAUAAGAAUAAGCUAUUUCACUUUUUAUGUUAUAGAUGCGACAAGCCUAAGCAGUCCAAUAUUCAAGUAUUGUGUAAACUUAAAGAUUCAGAAUAUACUAUAUGUCAUUGUUGUUACCUUUCCUUGGAAAGCAACAUUGAGUUGAAGAAGGUCAAAGCCUUAAAUUUGAAAUGA